AUGGCUUCAACCAACGCUCUAUCUUCUACCUCAAUUCUUCGUUCACCAACCAACCAGGCACAGUCCAGUCUCAACAGGAAGGUUAAACAACAUGGAAGGGUCAAUUUCAGGCAGAAACCUAACCGUUUUGUGGUUAAAGCCGCUGCUAAAGAUAUUGCCUUUGACCAACAUUCACGCUCCGCUAUGCAAGCCGGAAUUGAUAAACUUGCCGAUGCUGUUGGUCUCACUCUUGGACCCAGAGGGAGAAAUGUUGUAUUGGAUGAGUUUGGAAGUCCUAAGGUAGUUAAUGAUGGUGUGACAAUUGCAAGAGCUAUUGAGCUUCCUGAUCCUAUGGAAAAUGCUGGUGCAGCCCUUAUUAGGGAGGUUGCAAGUAAAACUAAUGACUCUGCUGGUGAUGGAACUACAACGGCUUCGAUUCUGGCUAGGGAAAUUAUUAAGCUUGGACUUCUCAAUGUAACAUCUGGUGCUAAUCCCGUAUCGAUCAAGAAAGGAAUUGAUAAAACUGUGGCGGCUUUGGUGGAAGAGCUUGAGAAGUUGGCUAGGCCUGUUAAAGGUGGAGAUGAUAUAAAAGCUGUUGCUACUAUUUCUGCUGGAAAUGAUGAGUUGAUUGGAAAAAUGAUUGCUGAAGCGAUUGACAAGGUUGGACCUGAUGGUGUUUUAUCCAUCGAGUCUUCGUCAUCGUUUGAGACAACAGUUGAAGUUGAAGAAGGAAUGGAGAUUGACAGAGGAUAUAUCUCCCCUCAGUUUGUUACCAAUCCAGAGAAAUCAAUUGUUGAAUUUGAGAACGCAAGAGUCUUGAUUACUGAUCAGAAGAUUUCAGCAAUCAAAGAUAUAAUCCCUCUGCUGGAGAAAACCACUCAAUUGAGAGCCCCCUUGCUUAUCAUUUCGGAAGAUAUCACUGGUGAGGCUUUGGCGACCCUUGUUGUCAAUAAGCUGCGUGGUAUCCUUAAUGUUGCUGCCAUCAAAGCUCCAGGAUUUGGUGAAAGAAGAAAGGCCCUUCUUCAAGACAUUGCUAUAUUGACAGGUGCUGAGUUCCAAGCCAGUGAUCUGGGCCUUCUUGUUGAAAACACCACAAUUGAACAACUUGGUUUGGCCCGGAAAGUGACCAUCUCCAAGGAUUCUACCACUAUUAUUGCCGAUGCUGCAUCAAAGGAUGAGUUGCAGUCCAGGGUUGCACAAUUGAAGAAAGAGUUGUCUGAGACAGACUCAAUUUAUGAUUCUGAGAAACUCGCUGAGAGGAUUGCUAAGUUGUCUGGUGGAGUUGCAGUUAUCAAGGUCGGUGCUGCCACUGAGACGGAACUGGAGGAUCGUAAGCUCCGUAUUGAGGAUGCCAAGAAUGCAACUUUUGCCGCCAUUGAGGAAGGUAUUGUUCCUGGUGGAGGCACUGCAUUGGUUCAUCUAUCUGGUUAUGUCCCAGCAAUUAAGGAGAAGCUUGAAGACGCAGAUGAGAGGCUAGGAGCUGACAUUGUUCAAAAGGCAUUGGUAGCACCUGCAUCAUUGAUUGCUCAAAAUGCUGGAAUAGAGGGUGAAGUAGUUGUGGAGAAAAUUAAGAAUGGUGAAUGGGAGGUUGGUUACAAUGCCAUGACAGACACUUACGAGAAUUUAGUGGAGUCUGGAGUCAUUGACCCUGCCAAGGUAACAAGGUGUGCUUUGCAGAAUGCUGCUUCAGUAGCGGGGAUGGUCUUAACCACACAGGCCAUUGUUGUCGAAAAGCCCAAGCCCAAAGCACCCGUGGCUGGUGCCCCACAAGGCCUUACUAUUUAA